AUGCAUGCAGCGGCAGCAGCAAGUGUUGCAGCAGCAGGAGCAGCAACAGAAACAGCAACAGCAGCAGCAGCAUCAGAUACAGCAGCAGCAGCCCUAUCAUCAUCAUCACCAUUACCAUCACCAUCAUUAGCAGCAGCAGCACAACCACCAGCAGCAGCAGCAGCAGCAGAAGCAGCAGCAUCAGCACCAGCACCAGCAGCAGCAGCAGCAGCACCACCACCAACAGCAGCAGCAGCAGCAGCAGCAGCAGCAGCACCAGCAUCAGCAGCCACUGCAGGCGGCAGCAGCAGCACCAGCAGCAGCAGCAGCAGCAGCACAGCGCAACGAACCCAGCCUACGACAGCAGCAGCACCAUACGCAGCAUCAGCAUCAGCAUAUGCAGCGGCAGCAGCAAGUGUUGCAGCAGCAGGAGCAGCAACAGAAACAGCAACAGAAGCAGCAGCAUCAGAUACAGCAGUAGCAGCGCUAUCAUCAUCAUCAUCAUCAUCAUCACCAUCAUUAGCAGCAGCAGCAGCAGCAGCAGCACCAGCAGCAGCAGCAGCAGGAGCAGCAGCAUCAGCACCAGCACCAACAGCAGCAGCAGCAGCAGCAGCAGCACCAGCAUCAGCAGCACCAGCAGCAGCAGCAGCACCAGCAGCAGCAGCAGCAGCAGCAGCACCAGCAGCAGCACCAGCAGCACCAGCACCAACAGCACCAGCAACACCAGCACCAGCACCAACAGCACCAGCAGCAGCAGCAGCAGCAGCACCAGCAGCAGCAGCAGCAGCAGCAGCAGGAGCAGCAUUACCUGAGUGA